AUGGUUGGAGAACCCAUCACAGACAUGUCGUGUUUUUAUCGAAACCUUUAAUGGCAGGAUGAUGUGCUCGGGUUUCCCCGCAAGGUUACCCUUUAACUGACGGAAUAUAUGGAUUGGACCUCGUUGCCAGAACAGACCUGGAGCGAGUCUGGAAGGCUUCUCACCGUGUCCCACUCUGAGGAGUCCUCAUCCAGGAGCACAGGUCACAUGACAGAUGUACGUAGUGAUAAGACAGCCAACUCUCCUCCUCUCCAACCUCACACUCUGAGAGAGUUUGAACAGCACCUCAAUGACCUGAAGAAGGAGAACUUCAGCCUCAAGCUCCGCAUCUACUUCCUGGAGGAGAGGAUCCUGCAGAAGUACGAGGACAGCAGCGACCAUGUCUACCGCACAAACAUCGAGUUGAAGGUAGAAGUGGAGAGCUUGAAGCAGGAGGUGCAGGAGAAACAAGACCUUCAUGAGAAGGCUCUGACGACAGCAGAGAGCCUGUCCAGUCACAAUGAGGCAGAGCUGCAGAGACGAUGUGAGGAGAGAAAGCAGGAGAUCGACCACAUGCAGGAGUUGCUGGAGACCAAGAUACAACUCCUGCAGGAGGAGGCCCAGCUAGCGCGAGGUGAGGUUGAGAGGAUGGCCUCCCUGACUGGGUCGAGCCCCCAGCCCCUCUUGGAGGAUAUGGAGGACAGCCAAGAGGAGGAGAACCUCCAGACCCAGUCUCACCACCCCGCAUCACACACCUACAGAGACAGGGUGAUCGAGGAGCUGACCAGUGCUCUGCGCUGUAAGGAGGCUAUGAUCACUGAGCUGAGUGGACAGAAGAGUGUUCUGACACUGAGGGUGGGAGAGCUGGAGGGAGAGGUAGAGGACCUCUCCUCCUCCCUGCUGCAGAAAGAGAGCGAUGCGGAGUUCUACCAGGAAGAGCUGGGCAGGGAGAGGCUGCGCAUUGAGCAGGAGAUGCAGACUCUGAUCGAGGAGCAGCAGAGCCAGUUGAACCAGUAUGAGUGUGCAGCAGGUCAGUGUGUCAGUGAGCUGCAGAAGGCCCAGCAGCAGGUCCAGUCCCUGCAGGCCAAGAGCCAGGAGAGCGAAGCCAACAACGCGAAGUUGCAGGAGAAGCUCAUUGAGAUGGAGUGUGAACUGCGUUCCAUCCGCCAGGGAGCUCAGAGCCAGGAGCGCACCAUCCAAUGCCUGACCGAUUCUGUCAGUACCAAGGAUAACGAGGCCGUGGAGCUGUACCAGCUAAUUGAGGGGCAGAACGCAACACUGUGUAAGCUGAGAGAGAUGGCCCACCGCAACCAGAUCACACACACUGAGGAUCAAGAGGGGGGCAGUGAGGGUGCGAGUUUAGCCCAGCUUCAGGGUGAGUUGGUGGGGUUACAGAGCUCUCUGUUCACCCUGGGACUGGAGCUGGAAGCCAGUCAGAGAGCCCAGAGACAGAGCCAGAGACAGGCUGAGGACCUGAGCAGAGCUAAAGACAGACUCCACUCUGACCUAAAGGAGGCACUGCAGCACAGGGAGGUCACCGACAAACACAACCAGGACUUGCGCAGUGCCCUGGCUCAGUCUGGCUUUGAGCUGCGGACUAAAGGGGCUCAGCUGGAGGAGAGUAAGGCGGAGAGACGCACAGAAGUUCAGGAGAGAGACAAGAACAUCACCCAGCUCAAACACUCCCUUCAGGACAAGGAGAGGCAGCUACAGGAGUACUCUGAACUCCUGGAAUCAGCAGACAGCUCCAAACCCAGAGAUGCUCUGCUGGACAAACUGAGAGAACGCAUCAGAGACAGGGACAGAGCAUUGGAGCGGUCUAUAGAUGAGAAGUUCAGUGGUCUGGAGGAGAGGGAGGAGCAGGUGAGGAAACUACAGCUGGCCCUUCGAGAGAAGGAGCGAGACCUGGAGAGACUGCACUGUAUACUGUCCAACAACGAGGAGACCAUCACGAGUCUGGAUGCGUUGGUGCGGGGUAAGGAGCUGGACGUAGAGCAGACAGCAGAAGCCCUCAGAAACCUGCAGUGGCUCCGGCAGCAGAGUGAGGAGAGAGAGAAGUGCACUCUGAGAGAGAGAGACACGCUCAUCAGCCAGCUACAGACUGCCCUGCAGACACGCAGCCAGGAGACACAGGACCUCACGGCAGCCCUCCUGGCUAAGGUCCAGGCAGGCCCCAGUGGGGUGGUGGAGGAGCUGAAGGCUCGCCUCGCGCUGAAGGAUAAACUGUUUCAGGAACUGCUGUCAGACCGCAGCCGCCAGAGCCACGAACACCAAGCACAGGUCCAGGAUCUGCUCAGCACCAUCAGCACUAAGGACCAGUACAUACAGGACUGCUCUGAUAGGCUCUCUCAAGUGAUUGGCGAGCGGACGGGCCAGCUUCAGGAGCUGCGCAGGCAGCUGUCGUCACAGGAACGAGAGAUGGGUGAGCUCCGGAAGGAGAGAAUGGGAGAGGCAGAGCGACUGCAGAACCUGCUGAAGGAGAAAGAGGCUUUUAUCCAGAGUCUGAUGCAGAGCCAGGAGGAGAGCAUGGAGCUCUCCACACCAGAGGGGGCAGAAGAGGUACAGGCCAUUCGGGAGGAGCUGCAGCUGGUCAGGAAGAAGGAGAAGGAGGCUCAGCUGGAGAUUUCAGCCCUGCAUUCAGCUCUAGCUCAGGCCCAGCAGCAGGCCCAGCAGCAGGCCCAGCAGCAGGCCCAGCAGCAGGCCCAGCAGCAGGGAGAUAGGUUUAAGAUCCUGGCACCAGGAGUAAUAGCCAGGGAGCCCUCCAACACUGACCACCAGAGUGUAUUGGCGCAGUUGGCCAGUGAGUACCACAGGCUGAACGAUGCUCUGAGGGCAGAGAAGAGGCUGUACCAGAGUCUGAGCCACAUCCAGGCCAGAGGAAACAGCAGCUCAGAGAAGACCCGGGCCCUGCACACCGAACUGGACUCUGUUCAGGCACUCAGAGGGCAGCUGGAGGAGGUCCUAGCCAGGACCCGGAAGACCGCCCUGGCACUGGAGAGGGCAGCUAAGAGGCAGUCUGACUUUGGAGAGCUCAGCACGGAGGAAGAGGAGGAGGGAGACGAUGAACAGGGCAGCACUGAUGAAUUCUCAGACAGUAUUGAAGACGAUGAGGAUAAACUGACUGCCAAAAGCCUGGCCUCCACUAAGAACUCUGGAAUGGCCUGUGGGCAGGGGGUGCUGUCUGGAGGACCUGUGAGUGGAGCACUGUCCCAGGGGGCCAUGGGGCAGGUGAAGCACAUGGCUGAACAGAAGAGGGCAAUAGAAGAAGAACUGGAGGAGAUGAGAACACAGCUGGAGACCACCGGCUACUCCUCCCUAGCCCAGAUGAGGAGUACACUGCUGAGGCUGCAGCAAGAGAACGAGGCCCUAAAAGAGAACCAAGGGGAGGUAGAAGGUCUAGGAGAGCUGGAAGAUCUAACAGACACGUGCCAAGGGAACAAGGCCCUAAAAGAGAACCAAGGGGAGGUAGAAGGUCUAGGAGAGCUGGAAGAUCCAACAGACAUGUGCCAAGGGAACGAGGCCCUAAAAGAGAACCAAGGGGAGGUAGAAGGUCUAGGAGAGCUGGAAGAUCUAACAGACACGUGCCAAGGGAACAAGGCCCUAAAAGAGAACCAAGGGGAGGUAGAAGGUCUAGGAGAGCUGGAAGAUCCAACAGACAUGUGCCAAGGGAACGAGGCCCUAAAAGAGAACCAAGGGGAGGUAGAAGGUCUAGGAGAGCUGGAAGAUCUAACAGACACGUGCCAAGGGAACGAGGCCCUAAAAGAGAACCAAGGGGAGGUAGAAGGUCUAGGAGAGCUGGAAGAUCCAACAGACACGUGUCAAGGAUGGGAACAGAAAGAGGAAGAGGAGAUGGAGGAGGAUGAAGAGGUACUACCAGCAGUGGGACCCACCCAGAGCAAGCGUGGGCCCCCAGCAGUAAGGCUGAGAGAGGGAAGGGGGAAGAGACAGUGUACCAGACCUCACUCCUUAGACCUGGGUAUUCUCCUGUCCCACCGUCAGCCAGACCACACAGAGAAGGAGGCGGGGUCUGAUGAUGUCACUGAUGAUGUGGGCGGGUUCUGGCAGCAUGUGGAGACGGGUCUCCGUGAGCAUGUGGUUCGUCUGCGUUCUGAUUUGGCGCUGAGCAGACAGGAGAGCAGAGAGCUGCAGGAGAGACUCAUGGUGUCUGAGGCCACGGUCCACGCGCAGGCUGAACAACUCCAGGACUACAGGGAACUACUGACGGAGACGUCAGUAGAGCAGGACAGCAAGCAGAUCCAGGUGGACCUACAGGACCUGGGCUAUGAGACAUGUGGCCGUAGUGAGAACGAGGCAGAGAGAGAGGACGCCAGCAGCCCGGAGUUUGAUGAUCUGGAGAUGUGUACCUCACUGAGCCACCAGCAGGACUAUGAGCGUGCCGGGGCUUGGUUCCAUGGUGAUGGGGUGGGCGGGGCUUCUGACGAGGGGGAGGAGUCAGUGACAGGCUCUCUACAGCAAUUGGUCCAGGACCUGCGUUCGAAGCUGGCCCGCUGUCACAAGGUGAUUGGUGGGUUGCAGCUCCGUGUGCGUUCCCUAUCCACCACCAGCGACUACGCAUCCAGUCUGGAACGCCCCCCGCGCAAGGUGAACUGGGCAUUCGAGGCCUCCCCAGCCCCCAGCGGUGUGGAGGACGAUGAGGGCUGGAUGUCCGACAGCCUGGGACAUCGCAUGGAACCCAAGCCCAGCCGGGAGCUGCGAGAGCUGAUGUCCCGAGUGGCCUCACUGGAGGCGCAACUCAAGAGCUCCAGGCUGGAGGGGAAAGGAAGGGUGGUGGAGGAGGGGAAGUGUGCUACCUGGCCCGGGAAGUACAACACUCUGAUCCAGGCACAGGCCAGGGAGUUGUCCCACCUGCGUCAGAAGAUGAGGGAGGGCCGCGGAGUGUGUCACAUCCUCACGCAGCACCUGGGAGACACCACCAAGGCGUUUGAGGAGCUGCUGCGUGCCAAUGACAUCGACUACUACAUGGGGCAGAGCUUCAGAGAGCAGUUGGCACAGAGCACUGCCCUGGCACAACGUGUGGGCACCAAGAUCAGUGGGCGUGACCGUGCUGAGCUCCAUGAUGAUAAGAUGGGCCAUGAGCUGCUUGCUUUACGGCUGAGUAAGGAGCUCCAGCAGAAAGACAAGAUCAUCGAGUCCCUCCACACCAAGCUACAGCAGCGUUCCGACACCCCCUGCAGUAGCCACGCCCACUCAGAGAUCACCGACCAAUCAGACAGGACCUCCUUUGUGUCAGACGAGUGCCGGACCAAUGAGGACCUGGAGCUAUGCUCAGAUGUGGACGAAGCCAGCGAAUACGCUCAGGGAGAGCAGGAACAGGGGGCGAUACACGGCCCAGGAAACACAGGCUUUGUGGUUCCGCACGCCAACGCUCUGUCCAACCUCGCACCAGCCGCCCACCACCAGCCAGACCACUCCCCUUAUGGCCAGAUUACCCAUCAUGCCUUUUACCCACACCAGCUAGGCAGCCGACCCCCAGGCCAAGCCCUGAAGGCCAACACAGACCUGGUGGAGAAUGGUGCAUUGUGGGAUAUGGAGAACAUGGUUCAGCCAGCCAGGGUUGGGUCAUCAGGAAACAAUUCAAGAAACAGCUUCACUGGCGUGGACCUGAUCGAAGAGCACCUGAGAGAGGUGCGGUGUCUGCACCAGCGUCUGGAGGAGACCAUCAGGACCAACGAGGAGCUCAGGCAGCAGCUGGAGGAACGCCUGGCCACCACCGGCCGCGACGGAGGAGCCCCCACUAACAUCUACAUCCAGGGGGUGGACUCUGUCAGCCAGCUGUCCAAUGAGAUCAGAGUCCUGAAAGAGGAGAACCUGGCUCUCCAGGCACACCUGCAGGCCAGCUCAGAUACGUGUGAGGAGGCGGAGCAGCUGCGUGAGGUGGUGGUGACGGGGCGUGCCCGCCUGAAGCAGGCGGAGCUAGAGGCGGAGCAGUGGAAGGAGGAGCUCCGACGGCUGCAGACACACAGCCAGGAGCAGGGACAGCAGAUUCACACACUCAGACAGGAGAGGCAGAACAGCCAUGACAAGAACAAUAGGCUCCAGCAGCAGUUGUGUGAGAGCAGGGAGCUGCUCCACUCUCUGCAGAGUGAGCUGCAGGUGUCCCACAGAGUGUGUGUCAACGCCAAGGGCAACCCAGGGUACCUGUGUGAGGGCCAGUACGGUGGGGUCCCUGCCCUGCCCGUGGAGCUGGGGGAGCUGCUAGGGGAGGUGAGGAGCCUCAGAGCCCAGCUCCAGUCCAGUGUCCAGGAGAACAGUAUCCUGAAACAGCUGGAGCAGAAGCUGGGAGGUGGGGUCCACGGAGGGGUGGGCGUCAUUGGGGUGAUGGAGCCCCCUCGUACCCCGUCUCUCAGUGCCCUUCCAGCCAGCCCCCAGAGGGACAGCCUCUACAGACGGCAGCUACUGCAUGACCCAGCUCCGUCUCCCCCAGUCAGAGACAUUGGGCUGUUUAACUGUGGAUCUCCAUACCACGUUCUCUACACCGACCUGGAGGACACCCCGCUCACUGGCAAUGAUCUGGACCCCCACUCAGAGCUGGAGGGUGACGCCCCGGACGGCUCGUUCUCUAACCGGAACGGGCGCCAUGCCAUCGGGCACGUGGACGACUACAACGCUCUGCAGCAGCAGGUCCUGGAGGGGAGGAGUCUGGUCCAGCGAAUGGAAACAGCCCUGCAGGCCUGCCUCAGCCAAUCAAUGCUGGAGGGCAGCCAAGACCAGGUCCUCCUGGACUAUGGGCGCGUGAGGAGUCUGCUGUGUAACACCAAGACCCUGAGACAGAUCCUAGAGGAGGUUGUGUCCCUGCUGAAGAUGUUUUGGAGGGCUGCCCUGCCCAGCACAGACCGUUACACCCAUAACCUUAAGAAGGAGCAGUGUAUGCAAGAGGAGAUUCUGUCUCUGAGGGGGCGUAUCUCGGAGCAGGGGGAGGUGCUUCAGGGAACCAUCCGGAGACUGAGGAGCACCAGCCGCACCAAGGAAGGCAUGGAGCACUUCAUCGUCAACCAGCUAUCAAGGACUCGUGAUGUGCUGAAAAAAGCCAGGACUAACUUAGAGAAGAACGAUCGGAGGAUCUCCUCUCUAAGCUCCUCCUCUUCCACUCCUUAUGCUGCUGAAGACCGAAGUCACGCCAAUGAACGGCCUACUGAUUGGAGUUUCUUGAAGCGUGGUGACGCCCCGGCAACGUCCAAUCGGGGUCCGGGAACCAGGAAGCGUGGCAGCCAGUGCCUGCUCCAGGUGCUGACCUGUUAAAGAACCAGCCAGCCCAACACCACGACCUCUGACCUCACCGCCAGAACAGCCAUGACCCCACAACCCCUCCUCUGCCUCACCCAUCACCCCAUCCACCUCUCAGCCUAGUCUAUAGCAUUGAAUGUCAACCCUCAGAGCACUCCAUCCAUUCUUUCUUUCUCCACCAUUUUUCUCCUGCCGGCAAUUCUUGCCCAAGACUCUUGCACCUCGAGCCUUACCUGAAUUCGUCCUCCUUUAGUUUUCAUUCCUAUACCCUCGUUCGACUGUUCUUCAUUCAUCCCUUUCUUUUCUCCCACCUCCACCCACCCCUGUUCUUCUGUUGGUGUCUUCUAGCUCCAGAGACUGUUGGUUCAGUCUGAUGUUUGCCUUGUGAGUGUGAAGAAGAAAGUGGUUUGAAAUGUGCCUCUGAUGGUAACAGUAAUGUGUGUCCUUGACUGCUGUAGAAGUAGGAUUAAGCUGCCCCUAGACACUGAUCUAAAGUCAGAUUAGCUUUUUCCCUAAUGGUUAAGGUAAUGAGGGAGGUAAACUGGUCCUAGACACUGAUCUAAGGUCAGAUUAGCUUUUUCCUAAUGGUUAAGGUAAUGCUGGUCCUAGAUCUGUGGCUGAGGGAAGCUUCUACCCAGAGCAUAGAUUGUGUGCUCCUCUGCCUGGUAGCUUUUGGAUGGGAUAAGUGUCAAUGCAUGUGAACUCAAGGCUUGAGAAAGGAAAUGUAUACAAACAUAUACACACAAAGUACAGUACACACAGAGUACAGUACGCACACAUUCACAGACAUACAUGAUCAAUCCAUUUUUUUUCAAACAAAUCAACUUCAAUUGCCUCUGAAAUGCAAGCUUUCUUCUUGUGGCAUUUCAUCAAUGAGGACUUUCUUUGCAAAUACAAUGCAAAACAUACAAUGACAUCAUAUCUGCUGGAAUCACAGUGGAGGAAUGUAUAGGUGUGGCACACUAGGUAAUUGUGUGCUAUAUUUAUCUGUGGAGGAUGAUACCUCUGAAUGGUCUGUCUGCCAUUAGCCAAGGCUUCUGGGUAGCAGAACAAAGGCCCCGUUCCAUUUCAAUCACUAACCCCUUCCCCUAGCACCUACCCCAUCGGUGUUCACAGAUCUGAAUGGGCCAGAUAGGUGACAGCAAUAUGGUAAUGGCUCCACCUAGCCCUCCGAUGAUCUAACACAGAAUGGGUAAUGGCUAAAAGAAGGAGCUAGGGGCUGAAAUGGAUCGAGGCCGAACACGCGUAUUCAAGCUCCUCUUUAGGAGUCCUCAGACGAGCAUGUGCAAUAAUGAAUGUUGUUAUUUAAAUGAUCACGCCAGCUGUUUUUCCUUUUUGCCUGACACUGGAACUUCAGCAUUUAGCCACUCUUGAUAAGGUGAAAAAGAUCCUAUUAUACUACUUACUAUCCUGAAUACUACUGAGUGAAAUGAAAUGUCGUUUUGGUGCAGUGUCGAUGCAUCAGAGGUUUUAAAUAGGAACAGUCUCAACCUUUAUUCAUGGAACAGAGGAUCACCAUUACUUGCCAAAGUUUGAACUCUUCGCAUACUUGUUUGCCUUGCCUAUGCAAAUGACAGCCUACCUUAAGCAUGAUGUGACUCUAUAGGAAGACAUCAGCCUAGUAUAUGAGACCAUCUAUGACAUUAUGACGGAGAUAUCGUUUGAUUGGCUGCUCUUUGAGAGCCAUUUGAAGCAGAGACGGUAACCUUCAGAUGAUUGGUUCACUUUAGUUGGACAUGUGCUUUAUAAACGAGCCCAUUUUGUCAUUAAUGGACCAAACCUUUCAGAAAGAGAAUCUUUCACACUAGGCUACUACUGCUUUGUGAAUGACAAUACAACUAAAUUGGGCUGCUGUGAGAGAUGUACCACAACACCAGAGAAUAUCGUUCUGGAUUGUUACAUUUCCAUUGGACUUCUUCGAGGUAUUUGUCUUGGUUUAGACCGCCAUUGCAUUCCCAUGGUGUUAUUGGCAACAUGUUCCUUAUUCUCCUACCUGUUCCAAACUUUGGCAGGUUACUGGUGGGGACCAAUGUUCUAGAUUUCACAAUCGGUGAAGCUGUCACCCCCUAAGGUGUUUCUUCCUAUGCUGCUUUGAUUGUUUUACGUGUUCUUGCUGUACAUUUAGCCAUUUUCACAUUGUAAAUGGCUUGUUUUUUUUCACUGUUGACCUUUAUGUGUGUGGAUAAUCAUGUCAGACUUUUGCUCUAUACGCAAACGUUGAAUAUCUGGGUAGCUGUGCAAUAGCUAUGCACGAUCUGCUUUAUUUUGAUGUUAACAAUCAUUUUAUUAAGAAUAGUUAUGCUUCCUUGAGUGUUUUCUGCUUUGAAUGGUUUAUUAGAUUUUGAUAAUGCCAGAUUGUAAUAAUAGUCACAGCUAUGAAAUCAUAAAUGUAUGCCAUUUCUUAGGAUAUGACAGAAACCAAACAGUGGUAUUACUUACACACCCACCUAAUGUUAAGCUUUGGAUAGAUAAUGUUGCUUUGCUUGGAGUUACUAGCAUUUGGUGUCUAUCCUAGAUAUAUAUCACAGUAGAUCUGCCAACAAGGUCUUGUUUGCACUCAACUCAAUUGAAAGUCCCUAGAGGUAAAUUGCCAAACACUCUAAGAUAAAACCCCAUGCUGUGUGUUUCAUUUGACAAAUUAGGAUUUGAUGAGAAGAUUGAGAACGAUUAAGGAAAAUGAAUAUUUUUCCACCAAAGCAGAAACACAAACCAUAAAGGUAUAGGAUUGUGUCAGAGUAGAACAGCACAUUACCAGAGCACGUGAACAACGCGUUGUGUAGAAAGGGAUCAAACAGCAGUGUUUAGCUGUGUCUAGUAGUACUUAUGUAAAUAACGCUACGUGAAAUCGAAGAGCAGCUUGGGUUGUCAGGUUGUGUGUGUGUGUGAUGGAGCUAACGAGGAUGCCGACAGAGCUGGACCAUGUCUCUGAAGAUGGUCACUGUGUGUGUGUGUUGUCACAGUGUUAUCACAGAGGACUUUUUGUGUUAAAAAAAAUAAAAGUUAAAAAAAAUA